AGGUGGGGCCGGUGCGCCGCGGGUUUGACGUGUGCGAGUGCACAUGGUGCGGCGGCGGCGGGCGGAUAAUAAGCGAGUGGGACCGGGGCGAUGCCAUUGCUCUGAGUCACCGCGGGUGCGCGGAGCUGCCGCUUCGCCCUACCGGGGAGCCGCGGGGCGUUAGACCCGGUUGAGUCACCCCGCGCCGGGAAAAGGGGCGGCCGGUGGUGGUGGUGGUGGUUGGUGGUGGUGGGGGCGGAGGAGAACCGCUCCGCCUGCAGCCCCCGGGGCCGCGGCCGCUCCGCCGGCGGGGCGAGUCUCACCGGCUAGCGCGGAGAGAGGACAUUGGCGUGCGCGCUGCCCGCGCCUGCUUGCGCGCACGGCUCUGCUCCCGCCGCAUCGCUCCCGCCGCACCGCCGAGCCCUCCCGUCCCAUCGGCACUUCGCUGCUACUUCAGCCUCUUUUAUUUUUAUUUUGUUGUUUUUCUUUUUUUUCUCUCUUUUUAUUAUUUUUUUUUACCUUUCCGCUCUGCAAAGCAUUUUUUUUUCCGGUCCGCGGCGAGCGUUGGGAGGCGAACGGCAAGAGCCGAAGAGAUCGGGAGGGAGAAGGGGGCGGGGAGACGGCGAGGGAGCGGCGGGUGUCGGUGUGAGAAGGCGGGGACGCGGCUCCCCCGGCCCGACCUCGGACCAUGUACCAGGACUACCCCGGCAACUUCGACACCUCCUCCAGAGGCAGCAGCGGCUCCCCGGGACAUCCCGAGACGUACUCCAGCGGCGCAGCCCAGCAGAAAUUUCGAGUAGAUAUGCCAGGAUCAGGCAGCGCUUUUAUCCCUACGAUCAACGCCAUCACAACUAGCCAAGACCUGCAGUGGAUGGUCCAGCCCACCGUCAUCACCUCUAUGUCAAGCCCUUACUCUCGCUCACACCCCUACAGCCACCCACUGCCCCCGCUGUCUUCAGUGGCCGGACACACGGCCCUUCAGCGACCUGGUGUGAUCAAAACCAUCGGGACCACUGUGGGACGGAGACGAAGAGACGAGCAGCUGUCGCCUGAGGAAGAAGAGAAGCGAAGGAUCCGGAGAGAGAGGAACAAGCUGGCAGCUGCUAAGUGUCGUAACAGGCGUCGAGAACUAACAGAGAAGCUCCAGGCGGAAACUGAAGUGCUGGAGGAAGAGAAGUCAGUGCUGCAAAAGGAGAUUGCUGAGCUCCAGAAGGAGAAGGAGAAGCUGGAGUUUAUGCUGGUGGCUCACAGCCCUGUGUGCAAAAUCAGCCCUGAGGAACGUCGGAGUCCACCAUCCAGCAGCCUCCAGAGCGUUCGGACUGGAGCGAGCGGAGCGGUGGUGGUGAAGCAGGAGCCUGUGGAGGAAGAGAUUCCAUCUUCGUCUUUGGUCCUUGACAAAGGCCAAAGGUCUGUCAUUAAGCCCAUCAGCAUUGCUGGAGGUUUUUAUGGGGAAGAGGCACUCAACACUCCUAUCGUGGUGACCUCAACACCAGCCAUCACUCCUGGCUCUUCCAACUUGGUGUUCACCUACCCCAACGUGUUGGAUCAGGAGUCUCCUCUCUCCCCAUCCGAGUCCUGCUCCAAAGCUCACCGGAGGAGCAGCAGCAGUGGUGACCAGUCCUCGGAUUCCUUGAACUCUCCCACCUUGCUGGCAUUGUAAUCCCCCUGCAGCCCCCCAUUUUGCCAGUGUGUUACAUCCCCCCAGCACUGUGGGGGGAGCUCCCCUCCAUGGGAUUAGAGACAGGCACAGGAUCGUUCAAGCACAAGGGCAGCAAGAACAAGGAUGGGGAAGUGCUGCAGCUCCAGGAAGGAGAGUGAGGACCAACGCCAGUUGCCUGGAGGCAGGAAAUGGCAAUGGUGGGACUGACGUGCCAGGACUGUUUGGAGAGGGUGAUAUCCCCUCUGUAGGGACAGCCUAUGACCUCUUCAUGGCCAUAAUGGACCUGGGGAGCACUCCUGGCCAGGACUGAGGGCGAGCUGCAGACAGUUGCUAGUCAUCCCUUUCCUUUGUGAAUUGAUCUGAUCAGUUGUGCUCUGUGCUUAGAUCAUUCUGGUUAGUUGAUCUUACAGCUUCUCUCUCUCUCUCUCUCUGCUUAUGAUUUCCAAUGUUGUUGAUCCCAUGACAUUUCAUCCAGUUGCUCUGAACUCUAAAGGCUUGGUAGGAUCUUUCCUCUUGUGACAGGCUGUGGGGAAACAUGUGGGGGUGCCCAGGCAGGUGAGGGGUGGCUGGGAGGUCUGGGGGAGGGAGAACCAAGAGGACCCCAAGGGCUCAGCAACAAGGGCAGAGCUUGUAACUCUGGCCUGGGGCACAGACACAGCAAACAGAGAUGGCAGGAGGCUCACAAGGAAGCCUUUCUUUCUUAAAAUGUAGAUAUAUUUAUCCCCUUGGGCUCCUUGAAAAACCAAGUUAGCAUCUCGGGGCCAAAGUAGCGUCAGAAAAGCUGCUGGGCUGGCACUUAGCAGUGUCUUUGGCAGGGGUUUACUCCAGUUUGGUGGAUAUCAAAUCUGCUGCUUUUUGUUUACUCUUCCUGGGCUGCUCACCGUCUAGGGAGUAUUACAUCUUCCUCCCCAUCAGGGCUCCUGACUCAGAGGCUGAUCUCCUCCUGUUAGCAAAUCUUCCCUUCGGCCAUACUUGCAGAACUUGCUACUGAAAAAGAGGUGGCACCACGUGCCUAUAUAUCUAGGAUGGAAACUGGCAGUGAAUAAGAGGGUGAAACUAGUUAGCUAUCCCCUUGCUGACUUUUUAUUUGUUGAGAAACAAAGCAGCAUGCAUCCACAAGUUGAUGGUAGCAGGUGUUGUUUGCUCAGAGAUUGCCAGUUUCCAGACUUGGGGGAAAGGCAGUGGUCCAGCCUCCAGCACAGCACAGGCCACAAGGUGCUCCCGAUCAGGCAGGAAUGGCAUGGCUGAAGUGAUGACCCGUUUGAAUUUGAACAGAGCUUCUGAUAACCUUUGGUUAUAAAUGACAAAUUGACAGUGGAGCAAAAUUGAUUGCCAUUAUUUGCACCUCAGUCUUUGGCCUCUGUUUCAUCUUGCAUUAUAAUUGAUCUGGCUUUGUUGGGGUUGGUUAGCCUGAAGACAGAAGAACAAAUCAGAGGGCUCUUCCCCUAGCCCUGGGUCCUUGUCUUCUCCAACCUGUGGGCUUGGUUGCUACUACUAAGUGCUCACAGAGGGCAUGAGCUCUCCAGCGCUGCUGAUCACUACUGAAAACAGUCAUGUGUGUAACCUGUUCUGUCUUGGAGCCAAGCUCAGUUCCUGUUGAUGUCAAGGCACUUACAAACCAUGACCAUAUGCACACUAGGACUGCCCAGCUAGCCAGCUGCACCACUUAGGGCUUAGCAAUUUGGUCCUGCUUGUUGAAGCUGUGGUGGCAGCUAUUUAUUUUGGUGUGAGAUUUUUCUUGUUCUUUCAUGUAUAUAUAUAUAUUUUAAUCAGCUGAAACCAGGGUAUUUCUUGGUCAGGCUGGACCCGGACAAAUGCGAUAUGCAAUUAUAGGGCCAGUCCUGUGAAAUGCUAAACUGCUGCAGUCCCUACCAACUCCCCUGGGAAUUGAUAGGGUUCAGCCUUGUGGAACCCAGACCUUUACUCAGCAGGGCUGGCUUCCCUCAAAUCCUGGUCACUGCCCAUUCCUUGAAUCAUUUCAAAGGGACACUACUUUGGCUCUAAAGAUAGGCAUUGCCCUUUUUUUUUGUUAUUCCUAUUAUUUUUCAACCUGGGUAUUUACCAAACCUGCCAGAAAUAGAAAGAUAUUAGUGGUCCUUUUGCUUCAUAAAGCUGAUUGUGAUUCAGGCUUUUUCUUUAUUGCUUAAACACUCCCAUCAUUAUACUGGUGCUAGAGGUUUCAAAUGGAGCUCACACAAUAAGCAAAUUUGAUAAAGGAGUUCUCUUGUCCUCACAUAAAAAUUAAAACUUCAUUUUCAACAAAGUAGACCUUAAACUUCCCAUAGUUAGUACAAAGGAUCCUGUUUUCGUAAGGUUUUAUGCAGAUGAUAUCACUUUAGGUUAAACUGCUGCUUCUCUACCCAUUUCCAUUUUGCCAGAUGCUUGUUUGGGCCAGUUUGGAUUGAGAGUCUAAAACUGUUCAAUAAAAUGACUCUGCAUGUCAUUUCCACUCCUUUUUGGGGAGAAUGCAACGUUGGCAAGCAGUGAAUCCUAAAGUGAUGCAGCUACUUUGGAGGUCAGCGGAACAGGAUCACUGUCUCCCAGAACGCCAGGAGCAUUCAUACUAGGGGUUUUGGGAAGUCAGGUGCCUCCUCCAGCCCAAGUAAGCCUAAAUCCCAGUGGAACAACAAAAAUAACCUUUGUUUUUGCUCACUGUAUCAUUGCCACAAGGAGCUGCAGCUGGUAGUGGGCAACACUGCCUGCUGCCUAGUCAUUGACCUUCUCAGUGACAGGACAACCCCCUUUCCUGUCCUGUGAUGCUGACGGGAGCCACACGAAACUGCCCGGAAAAGAGGAUUAUUUCUACUAUCUGGAAAAAGCCCCAAAUACCUUGUGCCUGCCUAUUUUGUCCCUCAAACCUCUUAGAGAAUGUCUGUGUUGGGAUCUCUGGUCUCCUGCCUUCCAUAUUUUGUGGAUCAGCAUUACCUUUGUUUAGUCUCUAGCAGACAGGUACAGCUUGAGCUCUGCUGCUGCUCUUCUGGUCUGGUCCUGUGUUGUCCUUUUCACGUUUACUGGUGUACUUUUUGGGAAUUGACUGUCUUCCCCCACCCCCAAAACAGUAUUUUCAAAGAGUAUUUUCCCUGCUGAUUCCUAGAUGUACAGUGUCUCCAUGUUCUGCAUGUAAUGGGGAUGCGAGAGCUGUUAUAACUAGUGUCUGACCAAGAGUUGUUGAAGUCAAUAGAAAAAGGCCCAGGGAAUUUCAGCUGGUAUUGGGUCAAUCCCUUAGUGACCAGCCCAAUGAAGCCUCUAAUAACACCUGAAUUAAUCAAUGCCAAACUGGGAGGAGCAGUAGUAGCUGCGUUGAAGGAAACAUUCAGCUUCCAGGUGAUGUUUGCCAUUCCAGUUUUGCCCUUGUUCCUCCUUCUCAGUUGUGGCGUUGCCUUCAUCCAUUCCUUUCUCAUAGGUGUGGAGACUGGGAAGUCUCAAACUGCUGGUGGUGUGGUGGGAUUUGGGACCAACAUGCUGGGGACAGUAGCUCUCUGUUGUGUUUUUAUAAUUAUUAUUUAAAUUAUCUAUUUAGUUCAUCUGAACCUUUAAUUUUGCUGCUUACUGUAUGUAGGAUCCACCUGGCCUUCAUCCUAAAUGGAAAGAAAAAAACAAAAUUAAAACAAACCUAAGACAGCCCUCUCCUCCCCAGUAUCUUAUUAUUUAUUGGUAGGCAGCCGUCUUGUGCCUGCUCCAGCAGAUCUGCCUGCCAUUUAUUUAACAUCCUCCCAACUCACAUUCCUGGUAUUUGGUUGUUGCUUCUUUUUUGUUGUUGUUGUUGUUGUUGGGUUUUCUUUCUUUUCCUUCUAAAACAGACUUCUGAAAUGUAAGAAACCUUAUUAUUAUGACACGAGUUCAUUUUCAUUAGGAAGGCCAAGUCAAACAUUUUAAGAGGUGGGGGGAACAAUUUACAUUUUAUUUCUUAUUUAUUUAUCAUGUUUACAUCUUUUUUUUUUUUUCCUGUUCAAGACUUGGAUAUAAUAAAGAGAGCAUUAAAAAUACUCCAAUUUUCUUUUUUCAGGCUUUUUUUUUUUAUUCUUUAAAUAAAAGAUUCUGGGUUUUGUUGUUGUCUGUAUAAAAUGUAAAAAGAGACAUGUUUCUGAAGAUGCAUUAUCAUUCCUCUGUGAACAGUAGGUGGAGUUGAGGACAAAUCUCAGAAUACAAGAUAAUAAUAAAAUCCCAUCCUGUUUUACUUAAUUGUUCCCCUCCUAUCCUGUAUAAUUAAAGGGUUAUUCCACUUU